UUCUGCGUUGUUUUCCACUUUAAGUUGCACUUCGUUAUGUCCAAAUUUUAUAAACCUGGAGACAUCAUUUACUCCGGAAAACCAUUUGCUCAAUGUGUAAAUUACGAGCUAAGAAAACUAAUUUGUGAUAAUUGUUUUCGUUUUUCCCCUGGAUUACUUUGGAAGCUGAAAGCCUGUUGCAAUUGCAGAUACGUUUAUUAUUGCGGUAAACCAUGUCAGAGAGAAUCUUGGAAUCGUCAUAAAUUGGAAUGUCCUCUUUUAUGCAACAUCCAAGAAGAAUGUAAUAAGGAGUUUGUUCGUCUGACUGGACAAGUUAUUCUUUUGCUGAAAGGAAAAGAUUGGAAAUCCAUUUCUGAGCCAGUUGGAAAUACGGAGAAAAGUUUUUACGACUUGGUUUCUAACACUGAGCAUACGAAAAAUGAUUCUAAGUUAUCUUUACAAGGUCUAGAAGUUCUAAACUUAGUAAAAAAGUAUUUGGGGAAAGCCAAUGUCUCCACUGAUGAUGAAAUACUCGAAAUUUUUGGGAAGGUUAAACACAAUGUUUUCGGUGUUGGGAAAGAUUCCGUUUUGUCAGGUUCAGCUUUAUAUCUUGGAGCAUCACUCUUUAAUCAUGCUUGUAUUCCUAAUGCUAACCGAAAUUUCCAAGGAGCCACCAUAAUCGUUCGAGCAAUUAGCAAUCUAUCUCAAGAUGACGUUACAAAGGUGACUAUAUCGUAUCGCGAGUUGCUCUUCUCAGAUGAGUCUUUUAAAACAAAAGACUUCUUUUAUGGCCCAUGCAAAUGUGAUGACUGUUCUCUUCCUUAUGGGGAAUCAAAGUUGACAAAAAUUUUAGACAAGACACGCGCAUGGAGCGUCAUAGAAAGCACUAAACGAGCACUUGAUGUGCUGAGGAAUCUUCGUAACUUUGCUGGUAAGUACAAUUUGUGUUGA